UAACCAAUCAAAUCCAACAUGCGAAAAGCCUCGUGCGAUAUUGAUUUAUAGCAGAUAAUGUUCAUGUAGAAGAUUAAUACAAAGACAUUUGCACCAACAUCGAUGAAUUAGCUUGUCUUCCUUGUGAACCAUGGAUGAAGACACAGAAGGUGACAAGAUGUCCGAGGAGGACAUGAACUGGGAGGACUUCAUGAACGUGGUCACCACCUACAGCUGCAAGUUCUGUACCUUUACCUGCACAGCACCAUCGGACAUGGGCAAACAUGUCAAGAGGAUUCACAUGCCAAGGAAGAUUACAUCGUCUCCAACACAACCAGAUAGCCCUCCAGGCAUGUCUGUUGUCAAUCCAUCACUUGUGAUGGACCCUGUGGCUGCUUCAGAAGUUGAUGAUGCCACAGUGGAUGCACCAGUUUGUCCAUCAGAAUCUGCUAGUGCAGAAUCUGAACUUGAAGGUGUUCCUGAAGUCACUGGGACUGUUGUCGGGGAGGUUUCCUCUGAAGGAGUGUUGGCACCUUUACAGGGUCCUGAGGAUGAAGAAGUUGAUGAUGGUGGUGUUACUCCUGUAGCAUUGGCUAUUAGUAGUGAGGCUAAUGGUCAAGGGCGACAGUUUAUUAUAGUGGAAGAAACACCUUCAGAAGGAGCUGUUGUUUUGCCCAAUGGCUUGAAUCCUGAGGCUGCUGAUAGCAGUGGCACGGUUUUAACUAUUUCAUCCAAUUCUGCCUCUCAAGCCUCAGUGAGCUUGCCUGCAAGUGCGAUACAAACUCUAGACCUCAGUGGAGCAGUGUAUAAUCCUAACAUCGGUCAGUACUCUGUGAUAGCAGAAUACCCUGUAGCUAACGGUAACCAAGCAUCGGCUCCUGUAACUAAGGAGCUGUUUCUUUGUGGCCAGUGCAGCACAGGAUUUGGCAGUAUCGACGAGUGUCGAGAACAUAUGAUCACAGCUCACAGUGCUCUUCUUGCUGGUGGAGAAAAUGGUGAGCAGGAUGCAACAGGUCUGGUCAGUGUUGGCACUCAGGUUGCACAGAAAAAGAAGCCGGGGAGGAAGAGGAAGUCGACCAUUCCAGCUGCACCUCCUAAAGCCAAAGAUCCUGAUGAGGAUGACGACGACUGGAGCCAGGGUAUGACAUCAAUGGAGGCAGAGAGAGUCGCAAGAAAAAGAAAGAUCAGACCUCCAAGAGCUCUGAAGGAGGAUUAUUUCCUCGGGAGGAGGAAGAAGAAGAAGAGGGAGAGAAGAACAUACACUGAGGCUUAUACUCUGAAGUGCAAACUGUUUGGCUGUCAUGCAAAGUUCAAGGCACAAAGUGCACUAGACAUGCAUGUGAAGUGUCACAAUGAUAAGGAUUUUAACUUUUCUUGUAUUGAAUGCCAAGAACAGUUCAAUCUUUGGAAGAACUUGAGAAUUCAUUUGUGGAAGAAACAUGAGGUUGACUGUGACUUAUUUGAAUGUGAGCUUUGUGGAUCAAAGACUGACACCUAUCACAAGCUGAUGAUCCACAAGGAGAUACACAGUGAAAACCGACCCUACACGUGUGAUAUAUGUGGCAAAGGGUUCAAACAGUUCAGCCAGAUGCGGAACCAUCAGGUCAUCCAUACGGAACACAGGGUGAAGGAGCCAGAACGCUGGUACAGCACCAAACAGUGUGAAGUCUGUAAGAGGGUGUUUGCUAACCGGAAGUGUCUGAAGAAACACAUGCAAGCAGUUCACAGUAAGGAGAAGCCAUAUGUAUGUCCCUACUGCGGACAUGCAGCUUCCAGGAAGGCCAUGCUGGAGCUCCAUGUCCGAACACACACAGGCGAGAAACCUUUCAAAUGUGAUGUUUGUCCAUACGCGACUGGCGAUCACAACUCACUCCGUCGCCACAAGAUGCGGCACACAGGACAGAAGCAGUAUAAAUGCCAGUAUUGUCCCUACUCCUGUAUACAGGCCAUCUCCCUGAAGACACACAUGAAAAACAAACAUCCAGGUCAGGAAGGCAUCUAUGCUUGUGACACUUGUAUCUUCCGAACAGUCAACAAGCAGAGUUACCAACAACAUCUGCUUGACCACAAGAAUGGCCUUGUCCCAGAAGUAAAGCCAACUGCCAAGCAGGUGCUUGUCCAGAGCACCACUGAUGUGGCUGGUCAAGCCCAUGCUGUUGUCAUUGGGGAAAGUCCAAGUCCUGAAGCUAUGGCUGUGGAGAUGCAGGUCCAGACAAUGGCAAGUGGGGAGGCCCAGAUCAGUGCUGAGGAUCUAGCCAAGCUAUCAAACUGUGAAGGACUGGUGUCAGGUGAUGUCUCAGCAGCUUCACUGAUCUACCAGGCCCUCAGUGCUAUAUCCCAGAACCCACAGCACACACAAGGCAAUGCCACCCAAUCGGCGCACAUCCUUGGUGGUGUGCAGACUCUCAUCAAAUCCUCCUCCACGGAGCAGGGGGUGACAACCCACACCAUCACAUUCCAUGUUCCUGCUGGAGGAGGGGAAGGAGGAGGUCAGGCAGCAGCAGAAGAGGGCAUGGAGGCAACGGAGCAGGUUUACUUCGAACAGCCGAUGGAGGUGAUCGAGGCACUGCAGCGUGCAAGUAGUCAGCAGGCCGAGCUCAUUGAUGGGGCUCAGGGCAACCUCCCGACUGUCAUCACGAUGGAAGCCAGUGAGGCAGAACUGGAGGGCAUGAAUCUCAGUCUUGUUCCAGUCACCACGUCAGAGGGGACAGAGGGGACGAUCCUAGUUCAGCAACAUCCGGCUUCUAUAGAGAGCUGACGUUUUAUGUCCAACUUCUGAUUGCGUGUUAAUUGCUAUUUAUUACUUUCAACAAUGAACUUUGUUACAUUGCAAACUAUCAAAGGAUUGUUUGAUUUCUGGAGGUGAAAUAUGUAUCGGAUUGUGAUACAGACUUGUGACGUGGAAGAUGAUAAUGUGUUUACAUAAAGACAGCAUAGUUUUUUCAAAGGAAGUUCAUGUUGAUGCACUUGAAAUGUGGUUCAGGCAAUUUAAGAUAAUAAAUGUGUACAGUAAGAUUA